UCGUCAUCGGGUGCUAUUGCGUGAACGUUCGGAUCGAACCGAAGGGAGAGAAAAAAAAAAGACGCAGUGCGUGUGUGAUUGCUCGUCCUCAUUGUUUCCUUCGAUCCCAGCGCGUGUAAUUUAGACGACUAACCAUCAUCACUAGUCACACCACAUACACAUACACUCACGCGCCACAUCGUGCCAAUCCCGCAUGUAUCCGGAGCUUGGGCUAACAAAUUAACCGCAUCUAAUCGAAACUCGCUUGUGUAUCGUAAAAUCCCAUUCAUCACACUCCUGUUGCUUCCAAUUUCCACUGCUGCUGCUGGCUCGCUGGUCAGCCCCUGCUACAGGCGCGGCAUCAGUAUGCUGUUCACACUUGUGUACAUCGCUAUAACCCUUCGUACCUCGUUAAGAUUUAGAGCCAUAAGAAAUAGCAUCAAGAAAAUACUGACCGAUCGCUACGCUGUCAGCUUUUACACUGCAUCCAAUGGUGACGACGGGGUGACGGAACUCGAUUCUCCCGAUGCUUCGGCUGGUGCCAACGUGUCCUCCUGUGUCUGGUAUCUUCCCGACCAGCGCGGCUGUCUGGUGUACCCGGUGCGACGGAUAACGCUUGCCGAUUGGUACACCAUCCCGGAGAUAGUAGCACCAAUCCCUGUUCCUGGCCCGCAACCGACCAGCGAUGAGCUCGUUCAGCUGAUCGUAACGCUGGAAGCACCGGAACGGUCAAGCGACCAGAAUCCUAUUGGUGUGAAGGAGCAAGGGGAAGAAGACUCCGUCAUGUUGAGCCGUUUUGGACGGAUUUUGGCGUGGCGGAAUCGCAGGAGCCGUAGCUUGGACCUGCUACUUGAAACCGAUGCCACACGCACGUUCCAGCUGAUCGUAGCAACCUUCGGAAGUGGACGAUUCGCGUUGGAUGGUGGCCGCUUGAAACUGGUGCAACUGGAGAGCGUUGAAACGCUCGGCGAGUCGAUGCCUUUGCAUGAGCCAGACGACGCACUGUUGAAGGCACAGGAACGAAAUCUUGGUACGGAUGCAUGGCUUACGGAUUUGCUGACAGUUGCUGAACGAAUUGAGAAUGAACGUUGCUCCACUAACUAUUCGGGCGUUGGAAUUCAACCGGACAUAAUCGCAUCCAACGACAUUAAGAUUUCUUUAGAACUAUUGGAUGGCACUGUAGUUUCUAGUCAAAGUCGGGCCGAUUUGCUUUCCAGUGGAAGUAAUUCACGCAAUCGAUCGCAAUUGGAUUUAACUGAUGGGUUAAUGUCGACGAAUGGGCCGAGCCAUUCCUGCCCAUCCGAAGAGCCCGAACCGGAUGGUACGGUGUCGCGAAGCACAACUGAUGAAUUGAUCGGAGAGACUGAACAGAAAGCCUCAUCACCUUGCCCCACCGCCGUUGCUAAGGGCGACGAGGAAGAAAAAAAGCACGACGCUGUAGCCGAACCACCGAUGACGGUAGUAGAGGACGUAGUUGCCAAUGCCAAAGAACUGAAACCCACAACACCACCAAUCGUAGAACCGUCAGAACCAGAAGCAAAAGAUGCAGUAACAUCGAACGGAACGGUGAAGCAUCAUCCCGUUCGCGAACCAUUACAUCCGGCCAAAUCGAAUCCACCGCUACCCGUACCGGCUAGUCCGUCGACUGCCAAACCGAAUGAACCGAUCGCGGUGCCGGCUAAACCUAAACCCACGCGUUCGUUGCGCAAAAGCUCGUUCCCAUCCAGUCGGCUACGGCUGGGCACGGAUCAGUCGGGCGUCGUUACCAAACCACCGAACAUUUUGGUCCACUCCGACAGCAGCUCGACGAUGGAGUACGUUAUUGCGACGCUGAACAAUCUACUCGAACCGAACACGUACACCAUUUAUCCGAUUACGGCGGGACAAGCGAUUGCGGCCAGCUGGCUACAGAGUACGGUGCUGAUAAUCGUGGCCGGAUCGCUCGAUAUGGAGGUGCGGAAGAUACUGCUGGACUAUUUCCUGCACGGCGGCACGGUGUUUAGCUUGUGCUCGGAUCUGCUCGACAUUAUACUGCCCGAUUCGAAGACGGCGGAAAUCCGUGAGCGGGAACUGGUUAGCUUUUCGUACCGCAAAUGGAAACAAAUAAAGAUGCUGCAUCACAUAUUCUGCUAUCAGCUUUCGCCGGCCAAGAAGCAAUUUUCACUAGAAUCGGAGGAAACUUCGACCCUGUUGCCGGUUUCAUAUGUGGACGUUUCCGAUCGCCAAGGAAAGCCCCACUCGCUAGCGGUGGAGAUACUGGCGCAGGAGGAAACAUGGAACACACCCAGCAUUCUGGAAGCGCACAACCGUAAAACGGGUGGUAGGGCCAUCUUUUCGCAGAUACAUCUCGAGCUGGACCCGUCCCAGUUCCAAUCCAACAUCGACGGGGCGGACAAUUCGCUUCACAGCUCGAACCACCUGCGUUACGAAAUCUUAAGCGACCUACUGGGAAGUCGCAUCGGGUUGAAGCUGAAGGAGAAAGAUGGUGGCAGUGCGGACGAGCAGUCGCUUGUGUACAAAAAUGCGUACUUCUUGGGUAAGCAUGAGGCAAAGGUCCAGAUGCUGGAGUCACUGAAGAGCACCAUGAGCCGUCCGAACGUGAUUCAGAUGAGUGAGCUUGCGCUACAGUUUUGUGGCAAAAGCGACGCCGCACCGAAUCCAGCAACCGAUUCGCAUCUGCCGGUGAUGAUCUUUCACUGUCCCGAAGAUUUCUCCACCGUGGAGUAUUUUGAGAACUUAACCACCAGCAAGAUAGGCCGCAUCGGCAUUUACGCACCGAUUAUGACCAGCUCCAUGCAGAUCGUGUCCAACUUAACGCUCACGCACGGCUUCAUGGUGAUCGCACGCUAUCAAACCAAAGGCAAGGGCCGCAACAACAAUCAGGUAAGGAAAAAUGGGGGGCUCGCCAUGUUUUCGCUGCAGCUUCACAUCCCGAUGAGUAGCAUGCUGGGACAACGGUUGCCGAUCGUGCAGCAUCUCGUAGCGAUUGCCGUCGUUUCCGCCAUCCUGUCGCUGCCUGGGUAUGAGAAGCUUGAUUUGGGACUGAAGUGGCCGAACGAUAUCUACGCGUACGGCGUAUCCAAGCUUGGCGGCAGCAUCUUCAACACGCAGGUCGACUCCAUCGAGGCGAUCGUGAAUCUGGGCGUUGGAUUCAAUCUAAGCAACAGUAAGCCAACGCUCUGCCUGAACGACGUUAUCGCACAGUACAAUGCAAAGCACUCGACCACGCUGCCGGCGCUGUCGUACGAGAAAACGUUUGCCCUUAUCUUCAACAAGCUGGAGCAGCUGUACGAUCGAGUGCAGCGCGACGGUAUAGAGGUGCUGCAGCACGAGUACUACCGCUACUGGCUGCAUCAGGAUGCGGAAAUCAGCAUGGUCGGCACGGAAGGUGAGUCGUUGCAAGGUACGAUCGUCGGAAUCGACGAGUACGGGUUUCUGCUGGUGAAGAAACAGCCGUCCGGCGAAACCGUGUCCGUGCAUCCGGAUGGAAAUAGCUUCGACAUGAUGCAGGGAUUGAUUGUUCCCAAGUUCAAUUAGGCACAGAUGUCCUAGCAUAGUCGAUCAUCAAACACAAAAUGUUACACCAUUCCUGUUUAGCUGAUGCGUUGCAUUGGAUCCAGUGUAGAUAACAUAGAACACGAGGGAUUGCAGAACGAACUAGAAAGUUAACUGUUGCAUAUGCUGGGCAAUGUUUGUGGGCUUAGAUAGCUGUUAGAGUAUUUAAUGUGAGGGUCGGAAUUGAAUGGGUACUAGUUGUUGUAAGUGUAAGAGCCACCAAGAGACAUGUAUACUGCCGCCGUAGUUUGAUGUUAAUGUUAUUAGAGCGUGCGUGUGUGUGUUUUUACAACAUCUACAUGUGUCUUUCGGAUGUUUCCGCUCAUCUCCGUUGUCCUCCUGUUCACGAUGAAAAAUUUACUUACCACCUUCUUACCUCGAGUUAAAGAGAUUUUUCUUCCCCGAGUGGAAUUGUACGCUUUAUUGCUACUCGAAGCAUAACACAACACAUCUGAAUGUGCUUAUAUAGCUGUAAUUAUUGAAAGUCUUUCACACAUCAAGGUUUUAGAUAGUAUGAUAAACGAUCAAAUUGUUUUUAAAAAUGGAGAAGAAAUCGAAGAGAGAUUGUUGCAUUUAGUGCUUAAAAUCGUGGUGUUGUUUAGCAGCUGCGGUGCUGCCUACGUUUGAUUCCUUUUAUUUAGUUCCUAUGGUCGUUUCAGUGUCAUCUUGUUACAAACAAUUGUUAUAGUUUUACUGUUUACCAAAUAUUAUAAGUGUAAUGGAGGGAAUAUUAAACUGAUCAUGGUCAGGGGGAAAAAAAGGAAAAAUUUCACGGUUAAACUUAAAAAUAACGAAAUUAAUCGUUCAUAUCAUUGAACGCACCAAUUUCAAAAUUUCUCGGCGUAAUCUAAACAUUGAAAUGUUCGUAAGAAAAACAAAAAAUUCCAUUCCUUAAAAAUGUGCAUUCAAAAAGCAUAGCUAGUUACUGUGAAUAUUAAAAAGAAACUGUUAAAUAACAUAAAACCAAGCAAAUGAUCCUAUUAUAGCGAAGUAUGUACGUGCAGCAGCUAUUCCUGUUAAGGCUACAAAUUCAAAGUAAUGUCCAUUUCGGUGUUGUCCUACUCUUCAGUAAAACUUCAAGUCAAAAUAAAUGAAAUUAGAUGUUCAAGC